CUCAUUCAAAGCUGUAACUGUAAAAUAUAGAUUUCAUCGUUAAUUAAAGCCCAGAAUUUCUGCCAUUUUUAUCUCCAGUAUAAACUCGCCACCCACACUCCGCCAUAGAGGAGAUCUCUCAUCUCUCUCCUGCGUCAAAAACCAGAGUCAAAAACCUCGUUCAUACCUAUCCAAACAGUGGGUCCGCUGUACAUUUCGCGAACCUUCACUCUUCGUCUUCGAUAGAAGCAUUCUGUGAUUCGGGUCCUGCCGGAGUGUGAUCGCCGGAGGGUUGAGCAUGACUCAAUCGAUGUCGGGGCUUUCUCACCUUGAUGCUUUACCGUCUACGCCGGGGAAGCUGAAGACGGAGAAGAGUAAUAACUUGUAUCGGCUCCGGUUCUACCCCACCUACUUCCCAAGGUUUACCCUCGGAUCUUUCGCCUUAAGCCUGUUUAUCCUCCUGUUCCUAUUUUGCUCCCCGCCGGCGAAUCCCGGCAAUAACCGCCGAAAUCUGGCGGACGUGGUGGAACCGUCUCGCACGGCCCAUCUCGGCCCGAACUGGGAGCGUCGGGUUCGGGCGUCGGCCCUGCCUAAGUCUAAGAAGGGAUUCUCGAUCCUCGUGACCGGCGCUGCCGGAUUCGUCGGGUCCCACGUCUCCCUCUCGCUGAAACGGCGGGGAGAUGGGGUUCUAGGGAUCGACAAUUUCAACAGUUACUAUGAAAUUGGGCUGAAGCGGGCUAGGAAAACCAUCCUCGAGCGCUCCGGCGUGUACAUCAUUGAAGCGGACAUAAACGACGGCGUUUUGCUCCGGAAGCUAUUCGACGCCGUCGCUUUCACCCAUGUUAUGCAUUUGGCUGCUCAGGCAGGGGUCCGAUACGCAAUGCAAAACCCUAGCUCCUACAUUCACAGCAACGUAGCAGGUUUCGUGACUCUUCUGGAAGCCUGUAAGGCUGCAAAUCCCCAACCCGCCAUAGUCUGGGCAUCGUCAAGCUCGGUUUACGGUUUAAACUCCAAGGUCCCGUUUUCAGAGGACGAUGUAACGGAUCAGCCUGCAAGUCUCUAUGCAGCCACGAAGAAGGCGGGCGAGGAGAUCGCACACACAUAUAAUCAUAUCCAUGGGCUUUCGAUCACAGGGCUGCGGUUUUUCACAGUCUACGGGCCAUGGGGAAGGCCCGACAUGGCGUACUUUAGCUUCACAAAGGAUAUAUUGAGAGGCAAAGAGAUCAAGAUAUUUGAGACGGCUGAUCAUGGCUCUGUUGCAAGGGACUUCACUUAUAUCGAUGAUGUCGUUAAGGGCUGUUUGGGAGCAUUAGACACUGCAAAGAAAAGUACAGGUAGUGGGGGGAAGAAGAAGGAAGCGGCGCAGCUGAGGAUUUACAAUUUGGGGAACACGAACCCGGUGCCUGUUGGGCGUCUAGUGAGUAUCUUGGAGAAGUUGUUAAAGGUAAAAGCUAAGAAGAAGGUGCUGGCAAUGCCAAGGAAUGGCGACGUCCCGUUCACUCAUGCCAACAUUUCUUUAGCCCAGAGAGAGCUCGGAUAUAAGCCCACCACUGAUCUCGAGUCCGGGCUGAAGAAGUUUGUCAAGUGGUAUGUCAGUUACAAUGGCUCCAAGAAGAGGAGUGCUUGGUGAUUGUGUCUCAAGUGAACAAAAUGUGUUUUAAUUGUUAGCGAGGGAGAAGAGGGUUCUGUUUUCAACAUCUUUGCCAACUAGGCAAGGGGUCUUGGACUGAUAUGUUUGCUUUGUCAAGCUUUGCUUGUAUAUUAUGUUGUUAGGAGCACCAAACCUCAGUGACAUUAUUACUCAUUAUUAGAUUUAUUAUUUAAUAAGUUAAAUUUGUGUGGUUUUAGUUAGUUUUAAUAAAUUUGUAGAUACUCCAUCCUUUCUAUGAAAGAAGUCAUACUAGCUAGGGGUUUGUAUUUGUUGUCGGGUGAGGUAUUGGCCCAACGCCCCAACCUAAUGGAUCAUCAGUCCAGCAACGUCAUCGGUCCAAUAUGUCAGCAUCUGCAAUGGGCCAGCCUUGAUGCGCAAUUAGUCCAGCAAUCUAGCCCCGCGGAAUUCUGCUACCGCUUUGGCUCUAGACCGCAAUGCCAUUGUGGUCGAUUGAAUUGAAUGUACUGCCUAUGCUGACCAUUGAUGCUUUCAACUAUGAAUGAUGCAUUGUUUCUGUUGUUUAUGGGCGGUUUCAUAAACAUUGAGAGUAGCCAUAUGCCAUGCCGCCAUGUACUUGACUCGCUCUCUUAGGGAUCCUUCUGUGAUUCAUUUGUUCAAUCAUUUGUUCAUAUUCCAUAUUAGGUGUCACUCAAAUUUUAAGAACAUGGAUUACCCAAGUAAAAGAGUGAGAAAACAGGUAAAAAGUAGAAAAAGACGAAGAACAGGGUGGAUGAAGUAUUUCUUUAUUGUCUACAUUGUCGCUCUUGAUCUGUCUUACAUUUAUGUACUUACAUAACUGACACCAGUAGGGGUUUUGGCCCAUUGGCAUCUUCUUGUCAUAAUUACAUUUUUAGUGUCUUAAAAAAUGUCCCAAAUUAUUAUGGUUAUUUCUGAUUUCUGGUUUAGAAGCUUGACUGAAGUUGAAGUUUAUUG